AUGUAUAUUUGGAACUACUCGCCAACAUCGUGCGGCCGUGUGAUAUCAACCAUGAUCGAAUUAGCGUUGAAUUUAUUCGCCGUAUUUUUCAUCAUCUCGAUGGACACAUUCAUUUUCUUCAAGUUCAGACGUAUGAAUAAGGCACUUCGAAAGAGUGGUGCAUGCCCAAUCUCAGUUACCGAGCAACAGCAACGUCGCAAACGAGAGAAUCGAUUCUUCGUGCAGGCAUGUUGCUCGGAGAGCCUUUAUUUGUUUGCAUUUACUUGUUUCUACGGAUCAACGCUAUUGCCAUAUUCCAAAUGGGGAUUGUUUGGUCUAACGACAAUGAUUUGGGAAUUAUUUCAUACGUUCGAUGGAGAAGGGGCAAGAGCAUUCUUCAAGCAAUUUGGUAACGCAUUACUGGGGAAACAAAACAAAGAGCUGAACCAAACAGAAGAAGAAAGUACCAUGAACCCGUUAAGUGAGGAGAGUGAUACAGUCAGCAUGCCAAUAGAUAGCUCGAGUGUAAUAGAUGGAGACGAACCACCCUCACAGGUAAACCAAGCCAAAGCAACGACGAAUCAUGAAGAUGGGCAAAACGACGAAGAUCGAUUUGAAACAUCCAUUGACGAGCCAGUAAAGGCGUUUCGUCGUCGUAUUCUAAAACUUUAUUUUGAAUUCAUUAAGUUACAUAUAUGCUGA